CUACUCUUAUUACGAAUCAAACAGCCUUUGAGACAUGGAUAACCAACAGAAUCCAAUGAAUGAGUUACUGCCGCCCUAUGAUAUGGACAGGCCGAUGCCCGAUGCAGACCAGGCACCUUCCGAAAUUUCCGUACUCGACCACUACGAAAUUAUCGCAAGGAAUGAGAUGAACCCAGUCGAAGAAGAAAUAAUCGAGCUCCAAUGCCAACAUUGGGACAUUAAUAAUUGGUCUAGUCUCGAGGAUCGCGUCCACGGGCCAACAUUUGAGGCUGGGGGUCAUCAAUGGAAUGUAUUACUUUUCCCAAAAGGAAACAACCAGAAUGAAUUCGCCUCUCUAUAUGUUGAGAUGACGGAUGCUAAAACAGUACCCGACAAUUAUUGCUGUGCUCAGUUUGUUGUCUGUCUGACCAAACCUUCAGAUCCAUUCCAAUAUAUACAUCAUGCUGCUCAGCAUAGAUUCAACAGCGAAGAGUCCGAUUGGGGAUUUACGCGGUUUAUCGAACUUAAACAGCUUUACUCUCUUGAUGAACAAGGGAACCCACGAUUCCUUGAGGAUGACAACGUUCGCAUCACAACCAUCUUGCGAGUCAUCAAAGAUCCUACAGGUGUUUUGUGGCACAACUUUAACAACUACGAUUCCAAAAAGAUGACAGGUUAUGUUGGACUUAAGAAUCAGGGUGCUACUUGCUAUAUGAACUCGCUCUUCCAGUCUUUGUAUUGUACCAAUCUCUUUAGAAAGGCAGUCUACCAGAUCCCCACAGAAAAUGACGAGCCCACAAAGAGUGUAGCUCUUGCUCUUCAGAGAGUAUUUUAUAAUCUUCAAUUUUCAGACGUCCCUGUUGGUACCACCGAGAUGACGAAGUCUUUUGGCUGGGAUUCCCUCGAAGCAUUUAUGCAGCACGAUGUACAGGAAUUUAACAGAGUGUUGCAAGAUAAUUUGGAAGCUAAAAUGAAGAAUACACCUGCUGAUGGAGCUAUUAAACGGCUUUUUGUUGGCACGAUGAAGAGUUAUAUUAAGUGUAUCAACGUUAGCUAUGAAUCUUCUCGGACCGAAGACUUUUAUGAUAUCCAGCUGAAUGUAAAGGGGUGUAAAAACCUCGAAGAGUCUUUUAAAGACUACAUUGCAGAAGAGGUUUUGGAAGGCGAUAAUAAAUAUAUGGCAGAGGGACAUGGAUUACAAGAUGCAAAGAAGGGCGUUAUCUUUGAAAGCUUCCCUCCUGUGCUUCAUUUGCAAUUGAAGAGAUUUGAGUACGACAUCAUGCGUGAUACGAUGGUGAAGAUCAACGACCGCCAUGAAUUCCCUCUCGAAAUAGACCUUGAGCCAUACCUUGAUCCAGUCGCUGAUAGAUCCCAGCCUCAUAAGUACGUCCUCCACGGCGUACUUGUCCACAGUGGAGACCUGAGUGGCGGCCACUAUUUUGCUUUUGUGAAGCCAACGAAAGAUGGAAACUGGCUAAAGUUUGAUGAUGACCGCGUAGUACCUACUACACUCAAAGAAGUCCUCGAAGAAAAUUUUGGUGGUGACCAUGUCAGCGGAGCAAUGACCAAUGGCAGACCCAGUUUUAGAGGAUUUAAGCGUUUCACGAAUGCUUACAUGUUGGUGUACGUCCGAGAAUCGAUGAUUGAUGAGAUUUUGGCGAAUGUGGUAGAAAAAGACAUCCCAAGCCAUUUGUCUCAAAGACUAGAGCAAGAACGUCAGCUACAGGAACGAAAAGCCAAAGAAAAAGAACAGCAACAUUUCUACAUGAAGGCAUAUUUGGUGACAGACAACACUUUUAUGGCCAAUGACGGCUUCGACUUUGUAAAUCUCGAAGAACGCUCGAUGGAAACUUCCCAACUUGAAGUCAGACGGGUUCUCAAGGAUCAGAAAUAUGGUGACUUUAAGCGCGAGUUGAGUCAUUCGAUGGGUCUCCCCGAGACUCACAUCCGUCUCUGGUUUCUUGUCAACAGACAGAACCGUACCAUCAGACCCGAUGCGCCAGUACCAGAAGGCGAAGAGGACUGCACUCUUGAGGAGAUCCGUCAAAAGCACCUAGCAAACCAGCCUAAUUUGCGUCUUUAUGUUGAGAAAUCUCUAUCUCCUGAUAAUGAGCGAGCCCUUUUCCCUCCCGCACCUUCAAACACCUCAGCAAACGCUUUGAUUUUCAUCAAACUGUUUGAUCCCGAGCUGCAGAAGAUUCGUGGUAUCGGUCGUUUGUAUAUUAACAAAGCUGAUAAGGUUGGAUCUAUUAUGGAACAGGUGAACGAGAUCGCUGGUUAUGAGUUUGGUACCCCUCUCGUAUUCUAUGAAGAGAUCAAAACUACCAUGAUUGAAGAAAUGGAUUUGAACUUGACAUUUACCAAGGCAGAGAUUCAAGACGGUGAUAUUAUUGCUGUUCAGAGAAAUCUUUCGGAUGCUGAAAUCGAGCAAUUGAAGGAAGCAGGCAUGUAUGACAAUGUGCCCGAUUUUAUGGAUUAUCAGCUCCACAAGCUCGAUGUAGUGUUCUCUCCAAAAGAUGGAAAUCCAGAGACGGAAUUUGAGUUGUCUUUGCACAAGAACAUGCGUUACGAUGAAGUAGCAGCCAAGGUGGGUGCCAAGAUUGGUGCUGAUCCUGAGAAGAUACGAUUCCUUGCAUGUGGACCCAGCGGGGAUCUCAAGCCUAUCCGUCGUACACCUACAUCUCUCCUGGCUGAUAUGCAGAAUAUGACAUACAAUCAGAAUGUUGCCAGAUUCAAAUUAACUUAUGAAGUGUUAGACAUCAGCUUAACAGAAUUUGAGUCUAAGCGAAUGGUUAAAAUUACACUUUGCACGCCUACUCUUCGAGAUAUAAAUGUAGUCGAGCUCCUGCUGCCCAAGCAGGGAAAAAUAGCCGAUCUCCUCAAGGCACUGGAUGCUAAAGGAGCCAAGUUUGAGUCUGCCAAGGGCACAAGGAGGACAAGAAUUUUCGAGGCCUUGGGAAACAAAUUCAAUCGAGAGUUCCUUCCUACAGAUUCAAUCAGCCAAUUGUCUGCAAGCAAUUAUGCCCAAUUAUACGCCGAGGAAAUUCCAGAGGAAGAAAUGUUGAUGGGAGAUGAUGAUAUUUUUAUCAGAGUAUUCCAUUUCCAACGAGAUAUCUCCCGCGCUCACUCUGUUCCAUUCAAGUUCCUAGUGAAGAAGGAUGAGCCCUUUGAAGAAACCAAGAAGCGUCUCCAGGCACGAACAGGAUUGAAUGACAAGGACUGGAGCAAAGUCAAAUUUAACAUCGUUUCUUCUUAUUCGGCAGUCCCCAUUGAAGAAGGAGAUGACUUCAAAUUGAGUAACCACCUAUUUACUCAAGAAGAGAGUCUUGGAUUGGAGCAUAUGGACAAAACACCCCGGUCGGCACGGAUGGGUGCUGAAAGGGCCCUGUCUAUCAGAGGUUGAGACUACGGGAUAUAAUAAUAACAUAAAGGGAAAGAACAAACAAUAAAAUCUUUCAUUUCUUUGUGUUUCUCUUC